AUGGCGACACAAAUUCAUGAUAUCAAACAAAUUUCAGGCAACUCAAUGCAAUGGAACCUUAAAGUUAGAGUCGUUCGAAUAUGGGUAAUGCCGGAUCGCUUUAAGCCGGAAAUACCGUAUUCAAUUGAAUUGGUUUUACAGGAUUCUAAGGAAAGUAGUUGUUGGAUUGCUGCAGAAUUGGUAAGUUUGGAACUUGACCGGGGAUGGUCAUACUUGGCAUGCAACAAGUGUAGUCGAAAGGUUGAUAAAGUUGAAAAUAAAUACAUUUGUAAGAAAUGCAAUGAAGAUCAAUUUUCAUGUACUCACAGGUAUAGGUUUCAAGUACGAGUUAUGGAUGGAACCGCUUUUAUCUCAUUGUUGCUUUGGAAUCGAGAGGCUAUGCAGUUUAUAGGGAGGUCCGCAAAAGAACUUAAGGAAAGCUCCCUUGAGGUUAUUGUUAAGCAAGAGAAUAUUGAGUCUCAGGUCGAAGUCUACAAAGUUCUUAAGCUUAGUGAUGAUGAUGACCUUUUAAAGGAAUACGGUCACAGUUUAUUCGAAGACAAUAUCACUGAUCCAAAGUUUUUUGAUGGACAAAGCUCAAGUGGAGAUAAGCUUUUCGGGGAUGUAAUGGCCGAAAGUCAGCAGUCUAUUUUGCAAACUCCCAUCGAUAAAAGCGUAUCAGAAAGUGGAUCGUCGGUGUUAGAAGAUGGUGAUGCUUGCAAUGUAAAAAUAUGUCCUUUGAAGACGUAUGACAAGAAGACUAGAUCCGCUAAUAAGGCAUCAGUAGCAGUACCAGAUGAUGACUUCAAUUCUCAACUCUCUAGCAACAAGGUUCGCAAGGUCAUAAAGAAAGAAAAGAAUCCCUGA